CUGCUGUUCACUACUGCUGCUCCUACAGCAGCUACAGCUGCUGCUGCUGCCACUGUUGCUACCUGCUGUGUAGCAAGUCCACAGUCAUUGCUGCAAACGGAACAAAAGGAACGGCAUUGGUUGGCUGGUGUUGUGCGCCGGGGCCUCCGCUCAUUUGUAAUGAACGCCUUGUUCCCUCUCCAACACAAUUCAACACGAUUCUCACAACGGUCACCACCACGGUCCCUCCAUUACUACCCUGGCUGCAGCUGCUGACACUGUUGACGGGUUUUUGGUUGUUGUUUGUUGUUUCAUGGUGCAUUGUGGGUUUAAUUUCGCGUUAUUGUCUGGUGAGGUUUUGUGUGUGUGUUUUUUUUCGCCAAGUGCAUCCAAGCAGAGGCUUUGCAAAUAUUUUGACAUACUUGAACUUAUAAUCCGCCAUCAAAGGCCACUUGGCCCACGGACACGUUGAAAAUCUAUUCUGUUUGACUUGACAAUAACACAAACGACACAUAAGUGAGAGGCGACGCAAUGUCUCGUCGAAUGGUCACGUGAAUGUGCGAACGUUGUAAAUCGGCUUCAAGUGAAAAAAAAAAACCACGCAAAUGUAAACGUCUUCAUUGUGAUUUAAUUAUCGCCCGAUUAGGCUAUUAGUCAGGUCUAUUGAAAAAAAAGAAAAUGCAAGUACAUCGCUCGUGCGGCGAUUAACAAUUAACGCACUUCAUUCAAACCGCACUGCACGAGCAUUGAUGGCGAUGAUGCAUCGCACCGGCGUAACAUUCACGAACUUCUCAUUAUUCCACAUUCGUAAUUGUUCACUCGUGCAUCGCUACAAUCAUCAUCACCACCAACCAUCAUUACCACCAGCAUCAUCAUCAUCGUCGUCUCCACCACCAACACACUUCCAUCGACGAGUUGUUUAGCAUUCAUUGCGAGUCAUCGGUGCUGCCCGUGCUGCUGUUGUUAUUAUCAUCAUCAUCGUCAUUGUUGCUAUCGCCGCCGCCACCACCACCACCAUCAUCAUUUUGGGGGGGGGGGAUGGGGAACGUCAAAAAACGCGAAGUCCCGAGUGAAGGAGUCAAGUGGCCGGGAGCUGCUUACUGCAUUCAUCUCUCUGCACGUUUCCUUAUCCGGGCUUUCGAGCGCGCGCUCCCAUUGGCUGCGCGCGUCACAUGCGCCGACGCUAAAAUAUACAACGAUCGCUUUUGGAGGUGGGCUUCCCGCGACAGCAAAACGACAACGGCAGAAAAUAUAGCAUCUCCGAAACACCCCAGCAAAGAAAUUAAUGGCCAUGAGUUCAUAUUUGAUCAACUCCAACUACGUGGACCCCAAGUUCCCGCCGUGCGAGGAGUACUCGCAGGGAGACUACAUCCCAGAGCCGAGUCCCGAGUACUACGGGCAGCCGCGAGACCCUGGCUACCGACAGCCCCCGGAGCCCGUGUACCCGCAGCACGCGGACUACCCCGAGCAGCCCUACCACUGCGGGGAGCCCGAGCCGGAGAGUCUGGGCACAGCGCAACCCGCGUUGCAGCUGGGCGGCGGCGGCGGCGGGGUGGUCGCCGCUGCGGCCCCGCAGGCCGUGACCCCGGGCCCAAGAAGGCAGCAGCAGCAGGGACACUUGAUGCGCGGCGCCCUGCAUCACGAUCCGUGCGGGGAAGCGGCGCCUACGUGCACCCAGCAGAUGGGCGCUGCUGCGUCUAACGGGCUGGCGUGCAGUAAGCAGCAGCAGCAGCAGCCCGUAGUCUACCCGUGGAUGAAGAAGGUGCACGUGAACACUCUCAACCCCAACUACACCGGCGCGGAAAGCAAGCGCUCGCGCACCGCCUACACACGCCAGCAGGUGCUCGAGCUGGAGAAGGAGUUCCACUUCAACCGCUACCUCACCCGCCGGCGCCGCAUCGAGAUCGCCCACUCGCUGUGCCUGAGCGAGCGCCAGAUCAAGAUCUGGUUCCAGAACCGCCGCAUGAAGUGGAAGAAGGACCACAAGUUGCCCAACACCAAGAUCCGUUCGGCCACGGCCACCGCCGCCGCGGCCAUCGCCACCGCCGGCGGAGGCUCCUCGUCCUCGGCCGGCGGAGGCGGAGGAGGAGGCGGAGGCCCCGACACUCCGGGCGGUAGCGGCAUGGCGGUCACGGUGGCGCCGGGCUCCGUGGCGGCCCACGCCGCGUCGGGCCAGAGCGGUCCCACCGGUGGCGUGGCCUCAACCGCCGCCGCUUGCAAAGGCGGUGGCCACCAGGCCCGCACGGCCGAUGGCUUGAGCAGGCCCUUGUGAGGAGGACGAGGCGAGCAAGCCGUGGCCGUGAUGGUUGCUGCUGCUGCUGCUGGUGGUGGUGGUUGGUGAUGAUGAUGAUGUUGUUGUUGUUGUGUAGAGCCAGAGGGACUGUAGCUGUGCAGCGGGAUAGCAGCAAGUUGAAGUAGAGUAACGAGUUGGUGUGCUGUGGUAGCCUCCUCCUCCUCCAUCAUCAUCAUGAGUAUUCAUCGCUGCUGCUGCUGCUGCUGCUUCACAUGAAAGGGAGAUGCAACUCGCGUACAUAUCUGGCUCGUGUUUUCUGAAA